AUGGAAAGAGGGAGAAUAGGGGGGGGUGAUGGAAAGCGGGAGAAUGGGGUGAUCACCCCGCCCCAUUCUCCCUCUUUCCAUCACCCCGCCCCAUUCUCCCUCUUUCCAUCACCCCGCCCCAUUCUCCCGAUUUCGUCACCCCGCCUUAUUCUUCCUCUUUCCAUCAUCCCGGCCCAUUCUUCCUCUUUCCAUCUCCCCGCCCCGUUCUCCCUCUUUCCAUCACCCCGCCUCAUUCUCCCUCUUUCCAUCACCCCGCCCCAUUCUUCCGAUUUCUGUCACCCCGCCCCAUUCUCCCUCUUUCCAUCACCCCGCCCCAUUCUCACUCUUUCCAUAACCCCGCCCCAUUAUCCCUCUUUCCAUCACCCCGCCCCAUUCUCCCGCUUUCCAUCACACCGCCCCAUUCUCCCUCUAUCCAUCACCCCGCCCUAUUCUCCCGCUUUCCAUCACACCGCCCCAUUCUCCCGCUUUCCAUCAACCCUCCCCAUUCUCCCGCUUUCCAUCACCCCGCCCCAUUCUCCCGCUUUCCAUCACCCCGCCCCAUUCUCCCUCUUUCCAUCACCCCGCCCUAUUCUCCCUCUUUCCAUCACCCUGCUCCAUUCUCCCGCUUUCCAUCACCCCGCCCCAUUCUCCCGCUUUCCAUCACCCCACCCCAUUCUCCCGCUUUCCAUCACCCCGCUCCAUUCUCCCGCUUUCCAUCACCCCGCCCAGUUCUCCAUCUUUCCAUCACCCCUCCCCAUUAUCCCUCUUUCCAUCACCCCGCCCCAUUCUCCCUAUUUCCAUCACCCCGCCGCAUUCUCCCGCUUUCCAUCACCCCGCCCCAUUCUCCCUCUUUCCAUCACCCCGCCCCAUUCUCCCGCUUUCCAUCACCCCGCCCCAUUCUCCCGCUUUCCAUCACCCCGCCCCAUUGUCCCUCUUUCCAUCACUCCGCCCCAUUCUCCCGCUUUCCAUCACCCCGCCCCAUUCUCCCGCUUUCCAUCACCCCGCCCCAUUGUCCCUCUUUCCAUCACCCCGCCCAAUUCUUCCUCUUUCCAUCACCCCGCCCCAUUCUCCCUCUUUCCAUCACCCCGCCUCAUUCUCCCGCUUUCCAUCACACCACCCCAUUCUCCCGCUUUCCAUCACCACGCCCCAUUUUCCCUCUUUCCAUCACCCCGCCCCAUUCUCCCGCUUUCCAUCACCCCGCCCCAUUCUCCCGCUUUCCAUCACCCCGCUCCAUUCUCCCGCAUUCCAUCACCCCGCCCAAUUCUCCCUCUUUGCAUCACCCCUCCCCAUUCUCCCUCUUUCCAUCACCCCGCCCCGUUCUCCCGCUUUCCAUCACCCCGCCCCAUUCUCCCUCUUUCCAUCACCCCGCCCCAUUCUCCCGCUUUCCAUCACCCCGCCCCAUUCUCCCUCUUUCCAUCACCCCGCCCCUUUCUCCCGCUUUCCAUCACCCCGCCCCAUUCUCCCGCUUUCCGUCACCCCACCCCAUUCUCCCGUUUUCCACCACCCCGCCCCAUUCUCCCGCUUUCCAUCACCCCGCCCCAUUCUCCCUCUUUUCAUCACCCCGCCCCAUUCUCCCUCUUUCCAUCACCCCACCCCAUCCUUCCUCUUUCCAUCGCCCCGCCCCAUUCUUCCGCUUUUCAUCACCCCGUCCCAUUCUCCCUCUUUCCAUCACCCCGCCCCAUUCCCCCUCUUUCCAUCAGCCUGCCCCAUUCUCCCGCUCUCCAUCACCCCGCCCUAUUCUCCCUAUUUCUAUCACCCCGCCCCAUUCUCCCGCUUUCCAUCACCCCGCUUUCCAUCACCCCGCCCCAUUCUCCCGCUUUCCAUCAACCCGCCCAAUUCUCCCGCUUUCCAUCACCCCGCCCCAUUCUCCCGCUUUCCAUCACUCCGCCCCAUUGUCCCGCUUUCCAUCUCCCCGCCCCAUUCUCCCGCUUUCCAUCACCCCGCCCCAUUGUCACGCUUUCAAUCACCCCGCCCCAUUCUUCCACUUUCCAUCACCCGCCCCAUUCUCCCGCUUUCCAUCACCUCGCCCCAUUCUCCCACGUUCCAUCACCCCGCCCCAUUCUAUCGCUUUCCAUCAUCCCGCCCCAUUCUCCCGCUUUCAAUCACCCCGCCCCAUUCUUCCGCUUUCCAUCAGCCCGCCCCAUUCUCCCUCUUUCCAUCACCCCGCCCCAUUCUCCCUCUUUCCAUCAGCCUGCCCCAUUCUCCCUCUCUCCAUCACCCCGCCCCAUUCUCCCGCUUUUCAUCACCCCGCCCUAUUCUCCCUCCUUCCAUCACCCGCCCCAUUCUCCCGCUUUCCAUCACCCCGCUCCAUUCUCCCGCUUUCCAUCUCCCUGCCCCAUUCUCCCGCUUUCCAUCACCCCGCCCCAUUCUCCCGCUUUCCAUCACCCCGCCCCAUUCUCCCGCUUCCCAUCAUCCCGCCCCAUUCCCCCGCUUUCCAUCACCCCUCCCCAUUCUCCCUCCUUCCAUCACCCCGCCCCAUUCUCCCGCUUUCCAUCACCCCGCCCCAUUCUCCCUCCUUCCAUCACCCCGCCCCAUUCUCCCUCCUUCCAUCACCCCGCCCCAUUCUCCCGCUUUCCAUCACCCCGCCCCAUUCUCCCGCUUCCCAUAACCCCACCCCAUUCUCCCGCUUUCCGUCACCCCGCCACAAUCUUCCACUUUCCAUCACCCCGCACCCAUCUCUCUCCUUCCAUCACCCCGCCCCAUUCUCCCUCUUUCCAUCACCCCGCCCCAUUCUCCCGCUUUCCAUCAGCCCACCCCAGUCUCCCGCUUUCCAUCACCCCUCCCCUUUCUCCCGCUUUCCAUCUCCCCGCCCCAUUCUCCCGCUUUCCAUCACCCCGCCCCAUUCUCCCGCUUUCCAUCACCCCGCCCCAUUCUUCCGCUUCCCAUCAUCCCGCCCCAUUCCCCCGCUUUCCAUCACCCCUCCCCAUUCUCCCUCCUUCUAUCACCCCGCACCAUUCUCUCGCUUUCCAUCACCCCGCCCCAUUCUCCCGCUUUCCAUCACCCCGACCCAUUCUCCCGCUUUCCAUCACCCCGCCCCAUUCUCCCUCCUUCCAUCACCCCGCCCCAUUCUCCCGCUUUCCAUCACCCCGCCCCAUUCUCCCUCCUUCCAUCACCCCGCCCCAUUCUCCCUCAUUCCAUCGCCCCGCUCCAUUCUCCCGCGUUCCAUCACCCCGCCCCAUUCUCCCGCUUUCCAUCACCCCGACCCCUUCUCUCUCCUUCCAUCACCCCGCCCCAUUCUCCCUCCUUCCAUCACCCCGCCCCAUUCUCCCGCUUUCCAUCAGCCCGCCCCUUUCUCCCGCUUUCCAUCUCCCCGCCCCAUUCUCCCGCUUUCCAUCACACCGCCCCAUUCUCCCGCUUUCCAUCACCCCGCCCCAUUCUUCCGCUUCCCAUCAUCCCGCCCCAUUCCCCCGCUUUCCAUCACCCCUAACCAUUCGCCCUCCUUCCAUCACCCCGCCCCUUUCUCCCGCUUUCCAUCUCCCCGCCCCAUUCUCCCGCUUUCCAUCACCCGCCCCAUUCUCCCGCUUUCCAUCACCUCGCCCCAUUCUCCCGCUUUCCAUCACCCCGCCCCAUUCUUCUGCUUUCCAUCACCCUGCCCCAUUCUCCCGCUUUCCAUCACCCUGCCCCAUUCACCUGCUUUCCAUCACCCGCCCCAUUCUCCCGCUUUCCAUCACCCCGCCCCAUUCUCCCACUUUCCAUCACCCCGCCCCAUUCUCCCGCUUUUCAUCACCCCGCCCCAUUCUCCCGCUUUCCAACACCCCGGCCCAUUCUCUCGCUUUCCAUCACCCCGCCCCCUUCUUCCUCCUUCCAUCACCCCGCCCCUUCUCCCUCCUUCCUUCACCCCGCCCCAUUCUCCCGCUUUCCAUCACCCUGCCCCAUUCUCCCGCUUUCCAUCACCCCGCACCAUUCUCCCGCUUUCCAUCACCCCGCCCCAUUCUCCCGCUUUCCAUCACCCCGCCCCAUUCUCCCGCUUUCCAUCACCCCGCGCCAUUCUUCCGCUUUCCAUCACCCCGCCCCCUUCUCCCUCCUUCCAUCACCCCGCCCCAUUCUCCCUCCUUCCAUCACCCCGCCCCAUUCUCCCGCUUUCCAUCAGCCCGCCCCAUUCUCCCGCUUUCCAUCACCCCGCCCCUUUCUCCCGCUUUCCAUCUCCCUGCCCCAUUCUCCCGCUUUCCAUCACCCCGCCCCAUUCUCCCGCUUUCCAUCACCCCGCCCCAUUCUCCCACUUCCCAUCAUCCCGCCCCAUUCCCCCGCUUUCCAUCACCCCUCCCCAUUCUCCCUCCUUCCAUCACCCCCCCCCUUUCUCCCGCUUUCCAUCUCCCCGCCCCAUUCUCCCGCUUUCCAUCAGCCCGCCCCAUUCUCCCGCUUUCCAUCACCCCGCCCCUUUCUCCCGCUUUCCAUCUCCCCGCCCCAUUCUCCCGCUUUCCAUCACACCGCCCCAUUCUCCCGCAUUCCAUCACCCCGCCCCAUUCUUCCGCUUCCCAUCAUCCCGCCCCAUUCCCCCACUUUCCAUCACCCCUCCCCAUUCUCCCUCCUUCCAUCACCCCGCCCCUUUCUCCCGCUUUCCAUCUCCCCGCCCCAUUCUCCCGCUUUCCAUCACCCGCCCCAUUCUCCCGCUUUCCAUCACCUCGCCCCAUUCUCCCGCUUUCCAUCACCCCGUCCCAUUCUUGUGCUUUCCAUCACCCCGCCCCAUUCUCCCGCUUUCCAUCACCCUGCCCCAUUCACCCGCUUUCCAUCACCCGCCCCAUUCUCCCGCUUUCCAUCACCCCGCCCCAUUCUCCCACUUUCCAUCACCCCGCCCCAUUCUCCCGCUUUUCAUCACCCCGCCCCAUUCUCCCGCUUUCCAAUACCCCGGCCCAUUCUCUCGCUUUCCAUCACCCCGCCCCCUUCUUCCUCCUUCCAUCACCCCGCCCCGUUCUCCCUCCUUCCUUCACCCCGCCCCAUUCUCCCGCUUUCCAUCACCCUGCCCCAUUCUCCCGCUUUCCAUCACCCCGCACCAUUCUCCCGCUUUCCAUCACCCCGCCCCAUUCUCCCGCUUUCCAUCACCCCGCCCCACUCUCCCGCUUUCCAUCACCCCGCGCCAUUCUUCCGCUUUCCAUCACCCCGCCCCCUUCUCCCUCCUUCCAUCACCCCGCCCCAUUCUCCCUCCUUCCAUCACCCCGCCCCAUUCUCCCGCUUUCCAUCAGCCCGCCCCAUUCUCCCGCUUUCCAUCACCCCGCCCCUUUCUCCCGCUUUCCAUCUCCCUGCCCCAUUCUCCCGCUUUCCAUCACCCUGCCCCAUUCUCCUGCUUUCCAUCACCCCGCCCCAUUCUCCCGCUUCCCAUCAUCCCGCCCCAUUCCCCCGCUCUCCAUCACCCCUCCCCAUUCUCCCUCCUUCCAUCACCCCGCCCCAUUCUCCCGCUUUCCAUUACACGCCCCAUUCUCCCGCUUUCCAUCCCCUCGCCCCAUCAUCCGCUUUCCAUCACCCCGCCCCAUUCUCCUGCUUUCCAUCACCCCGCCCCAUUCUCCCGCUUUUCAUCACCCCGCCCCAUUCUCCCGCUUUCCAACACCCCGCCCCAUUCUCCCGCUUUCCAUCACCCCGCCCCAUUCUUCCGCUUCCCAUCAUCCCGCCCCAUUCCCCCGCUUUCCAUCACCCCUCCCCAUUCUCCCUCCUUCCAUCACCCCGCCCCUUUCUCCCGCUUUCCAUCUCCCCGCCCCAUUCUCCCGCUUUCCAUCACCCGCCCCAUUCUCCCGCUUUCCAUCACCUCGCCCCAUUCUCCCGCUUUCCAUCACCCCGCCCCAUUCUUCUGCUUUCCAUCACCCCGCCCCAUUCUCCCGCUUUCCAUCACCCCGCCCCAUUCUCCCGCUUUCCAUCACCCCGCCCCAUUCUCCCGCUUUCCAUCACCCCGCGCCAUUCUUCGGCUUUCCAUCACCCCGCCCCCUUCUCCCUCCUUCCAUCACCCCGCCCCAUUCUCCCUCCUUCCAUCACCCCGCCCCAUUCUCCCGCUUUCCAUCAGCCCGCCCCAUUCUCUCGCUUUCCAUCACCCCGCCCCUUUCUCCCGCUUUCCAUCUCCCUGCCCCAUUCUCCCGCAUUCCAUCACCCCGCCCCAUUCUCCCGCUUUCCAUCACCCCGCCCCAUUCUCCCGCUUCCCAUCAUCCCGCCCCAUUCCCCCGCUUUCCAUCACCCUUCCCCAUUCUCCCUCCUUCCACCACCCCGCCCCAUUCUCCCGCUUUCCAUUACACGCCCCAUUCUCCCACUUUCCAUCACCUCGCCCCAUCUCCCGAUUUCCAUCACCCCGCCCCAUUCUCCUGCUUUCCAUCACCCCGCCCCAUUCACCCACUUUCCAUCACCCGCCCCAUUCUCCCGCUUUCCAUCACCCCGCCCCAUUCUCUCACUUUCCAUCACCCCGCCCCAUUUUCCCGCUUUCUAUCACCCUGCCCCAUUCUCACGCUUUCCAUCACCCUGCCCCAAUCUCCCGCAUUCCAUCACCCCGCCCCAUUCUCCCUCCUUCCAUCACCCCGCCCCAUUCUCCCGCUUUCCAUCACCCCGCCCCAGUCUCCCGCUUUCCAUAACCCCCCCCCAUUAUCCCUCCUUCCAUCACCCGCCCCGUUCUCCCUCCUUCCAUCACCCCGCCCCUUUCUCCCUCCUUCCAUCACCCCGCCCUAUUCUCCCGCUUUCCAUCAGCCCGCCCCAUUCUCCCGCUUUCCAUCACCCCGCCCCAUUCUCCCGCUUUCCAUCACCCCGCCCCAUUCUCCCGCUUUUCAUCACCCCGCCCCAUUCUCCCGCUUUCCAUCACCCCGCCCCAUUCUCCCGCUUUCCCCCACCCCAUUCUCCCGCUUUCCAUCUCCCCGCCCCAUUCUACCUCCUUCCAUCACCCCGCCCCAUGCUCCCACUUUCCAUCACCCCGCCCCAUUCUCCCGCUUUCCAUCACCCCGCCCCAUUCUCCCUCCUUCCAUCACACCGCCCCAUUCUCCCUCUUUCCAUCACCGCGCCCCAUUCUCCCACUUUCCAUCACCCCGCCCCAUUCUCCCUCUUUCCAUCACCCCGCCCCAUUCUCCCGCUUUCCAUCAGCCCGCCCCAUUCUCCCGCUUUCCAUCACCCCUCCCCUUUCUCCCGCUUUCCAUCUCCCCGCCCCAUUCUCCCGCUUUCCAUCACCCCGCCCCAUUCUCCCGCUUUCCAUCACCCCGCCCCAUUCUUCCGCUUCCCAUCAUCCCGCCCCAUUCCCCCGCUUUCCAUCACCCCUCCCCAUUCUCCCUCCUGCUAUUACCUCGCCCCAUUCUCUCGCUUUCCAUCACCCCGCCCCAUUCUCCCGCUUUCCAUCACCCCGACCCAUUCUCCCGCUUUCCAUCACCCCGCCCUAUUCUCCCUCCUGCCAUAACCCCGCCCCAUUCUCCCGCAAUCAAUCACCCCGCCCCAUUCUCCCUCCUUCCAUCACCCCGCCCCAUUCUCCCUCAUUCCAUCACCCCGCUCCAUUCUCCCGCGUUCCAUCACCCCGCCCCAUUCUCCCGCUUUCCAUCACCCCGCCCCAUUCUUCCGCUUCCCAUCACCCCGACCCCUUCUCUCUCCUUCCAUCACCCCGCCCCAUUCUCCCUCCUUCCAUCACCCUGCCCCAUUCUCCCGCUUUCCAUCAGCCCGCCCCAUUCUCCCGCUUUCCAUCACCCCGCCCCUUUCUCCCGCUUUCCAUCUCCCCGCCCCAUUCUCCCGCUUUCCAUCACACCGCCCCAUUCUCCCGCUUUCCAUCACCCCGCCCCAUUCUUCUGCUUCCCAUCAUCCCGCCCCAUUCCCCCGCUUUCCAUCACCCCUCCCCAUUCUCCCUCCUUCCAUCACCCCGCCCCUUUCUCCCGCUUUCCAUCUCCCCGCCCCAUUCUCCCGCUUUCCAUCACCCGCCCCAUUCUCCCGCUUUCCAUCACCUCGCCCCAUUCUCCCGCUUUCCAUCACCCCGCCCUAUUCUUCUGCUUUCCAUCACCCCGCCCCAUUCUCCCGCUUUCCAUCACCCUGCCCCAUUCACCCGCUUUCCAUCACCCGCCCCAUUCUCCCGCUUUCCAUCACCCCGCCCCAUUCUCCCCCUUUCCAUCACCCCGCCCCAUUCUCCCGCUUUUCAUCACCCCGCCCCAUUCUCCCGCUUUCCAACACCCCGGCCCAUUCUCUCGCUUUCUAUCACCCCGCCCCCUUCAUCCUCCUUCCAUCAACCCGCCCCGUUCUCCCUCCUUCCUUCACCCCGCCCCAUUCUCCCGCUUUCCAUCACCCUGCCCCAUUCUCCCGCUUUCCAUCACCCCGCACCAUUCUCCCGCUUUCCAUCACCCCGCCCCAUUCUCCCGCUUUCCAUCACCCCGCCCCAUUCUCCCGCUUUCCAUCACCCCGCGCCAUUCUUCCGCUUUCCAUCACCCCGCCCCCUUCUCCCUCCUUCCAUUACCCCGCCCCAUUCUCCCUCCUUCCAUCACCCCGCCCCAUUCUCCCGCUUUCCAUCAGCCUGCCCCAUUCUCCCGCUUUCCAUCACCCCGCCCCUUUCUCCCGCUUUCCAUCUCCCUGCCCCAUUCUCCCGCUUUCCAUCACCCCGCCCCAUUCUCCCGCUUUCCAUCACCCCGCCCCAUUCUCCCGCUUCCCAUCAUCCCGCCCCAUUUGCCCGCUCUCCAUCACCCCUCCCCAUUCUCCCUCCUUCCAUCACCCCGCCCCAUUCUCCCGCUUCCCAUCACCCCACCCCAUUCUCCCGCUUUCCAUUACACGCCCCAUUCUCCCGCUUUCCAUCCCCUCGCCCCAUUCCCGCUUUCCAUCACCCCGCCCCAUUCUCCUGCUUUCCAUCACCACGCCCCAUUCACCCGCUUUCCAUCACCCGCCCCAUUCUCCCACUUUCCAUCACCCGGUCCCAUUCUCCCUCUUUCCAUAACCUCGCCCCAUUCUCCCGCUUUCCAUCACCCCGCCCCAUUCUCCCUCUUUCCAUCACCCCGCCCCAUUCUCCCUCUUUCCAUCACCCCGCCCCAUUCUCCCACUUUCCAUCACCCCGCCCCAUUCUCCCUCUUUCCAUAA